AUGUUACCUCCUUUCCCAGAUCUGGGCCAUAUAAAGAAAAUGGAAACCAGAAGAUAUCCUUUGAAAAGUUGGCAAAACCCUUCGGAAGAACCACUACGAUGUAGUUUAGUUUUCCCACUUGACAUCAAAGGUCGACGUGUUUUGUUAGGACGUAAGAAACGUGGUUUUGGAAUAGGAUUGUGGAAUGGGUUUGGUGGAAAGUUAGAUCAGGGGGAAACGAUGGAUCAAUGUGUUAUUCGAGAACUCUACGAAGAAUGUGGUCUUAUACCCAACUCAGGGGGGUUAUACGAAGUAGGAAGAAUGAUGAUUCUCCGACCUUCAUCAUCAACUCGUGCUUCUUGUUCUUCUUCUGAUCUUUCUUCUCUCAAUCCUUCCAAUCCUCUUUCUCCCACUUCUUCUUCUCCUUUGAAACCUUCCGAUGACUCCCAAACGGGAUUCACAAGAGAAACGAAACACCGAAGAAAUUUGGUAAAUGCCCAAACUAUAGAUAUAUCCAUUUACAUAUGUUCAUCCUGGUCUGGAGAGAUCACCGAGUCAGAAGAAAUGUUUCCUCAAUGGUUUGAAUUAUCUAAUUCUGGUUCAUCAGGUUUACCUUUAGAUCUUAUGAUGGACGAGAAGAGGAGAUUGAGGAGAUUAUGA